AUGUAUGCAAGAGAGUUCUACCAUAAAUGGUUUGCUAAUACAGCUGUAGUCGUUCUUAGUCUUCACUCCGGGGUUUUUGGCUUCUCCCAGAAGGCGGUACGAGGAAGGAAGAAACAGAAGCUUGCCAAAGAGAGAGCGGGGCUUUCCAAGUUGCCUGAUCUGAAAGAUGCUGAAGCAGUUCAGAAGUUUUUCCUUGAGGAGAUUCAGCUUGGCGAGGAACUACUAGCUCAAGGUGAAUAUGAGAAAGGUGUUGAUCACUUGACCAAUGCCAUUGCUGUGUGUGGACAGCCGCAGCAGCUACUACAAGUUCUACAGCAGACUCUUCCACCGCCGGUGUUUCAAAUGCUUCUAACUAAGCUCCCUACAAUAAGCCAGAGAAUUGUAAGUGCACAGUGCUUGGCUGAAGAUGAUGUUGAAUGAGGUCACACCACAACAGGGGGGAAAAAAUGUUUUCUUACCCCAGAAGAUGAGCAUCAGUAGGGGGAUAAAGGGGCAAACAUAGUAGUUAAUGGACUGUGUACCACAUCGGGUUCUACCAGAGUUAAAAUUAACUUUGUGUAGGUGGGUUUCGCAGGAUUUUAUUUAUUAUCCCAGUGAAAAGUGUAUUUUGAUAAGAAUUCAUUUUAUAAAUACACUGUGGUGAGUUAUUAAAGUAUCACUAACUUCAUUAUUAUUAAAAUAUGCAGUUGUAAUGUUGUACAUAUAAAGACAUAAAACUACGACCUAUUAAAAACCCAAUGCUCAUUUUUGAAAAAACAAAGUUAUGGCAAGAAAGAUUUAUCUGCACUUGUGUGUCCCUAUAGUACUACUUUAAAUUUCAGAACAUUUGGGUGUCAGAUCUAAAAAUGACUUAACAUUAAAAUUUAUUUUUAAUGUUA